AUGGCCAACGACGAAAAGACGGCCGUCGGCCAGACCACGCCAGUGUCGACGACUGCCGACGACAGCACCGCGCCCACUGCCGACCACGCGGGCCAUCUGCACUCUGCGUCGCCCUCCGACGACGAUGUCGACAAGGACGGCCUGACGGCGGCCAACCGCGCCGUGGCCGAGCGGCUCGUGGCCCAGACGCCCAAGCAGACGUGGCGGUCCAACUUCUGGGACACGCUCGACAAGAGCCCCGAGGAGCGCAAGUUCCUGUUCAAGCUGGACGCGGUCGUGCUGACGUUUGCGUCGCUCGGCUACUUUCUCAAGUACCUCGACCAGGUCAACGUCAACAACGCCUUUGUGUCGGGCAUGCGCGAGGACCUGGGCCUCUUUGGCAACCAGCUCAACUACAUGACCACCUGCUGGACCGUCGGCUAUGUCAUUGGCGAAAUUCCUAGCAACCUCAUUCUCACGCGCGUCCGCCCGUCCAUCUGGAUCCCCGCCUGCGAGGUCUUGUGGUCGGUCCUGACCAUCGUGACGAGCAAGUGCAACAACGUCACGCAGCUGUACGUCCUGCGCUUCUUCGUCGGCCUCGCCGAGAGCACCUUCUACCCCGGCAUGCAGUACGUCAUCGGCUCCUGGUACCGCCGCGAGGAGCUCGCCAAGCGGUCCUGCAUCUUCCACGCCGCCGGCGCCAUCGGCACCAUGUUUUCGGGCUACCUCAUGGCCGCCGUCUACCACCUCGACGGCACCAGCGGGUACCGCGGCUGGCAGUGGCUGUUCAUCAUCGACACCAUCAUCUCGCUGCCCAUUGCGAUUGCCGGCUUCUUCAUGCUGCCCGACGUGCCCGAGAUCACGCGUGCCUGGUACUUUUCGCCCGACGAGAUUGCCAUUGCCAAGCGCCGCAUGCAGCUCGAGGGCCGCGCCAACCGCGCGCCCUACACGCGCCAGAAGCUCGCGCGCAUCUUCCGCAGCUGGCACCUGUACCUGCUGGUCCUCCUGUACAUCCUGUUCAACAACGGCGCCGGCUUCGGCGGCCAGCCCGCGUUUGCCCUCUGGCUCAAGUCCCAGGGCUACUCCGUCACCCAGUACAACGUCUACCCGACGUUUGCGUCCGUCGUCCAGGUCGUCUCCACCUUUGUGUACGCCUGGACCUCCGACACCGUCUUCAAGGGCGCCCGCUGGCCGCCCAUUGUCUUUGCCGGCGCCGCCAACUUUGUGGUCUACGUCAGCUUUUCCGUCUGGACCAUCCCCGCGAGCUGGAAGUGGGCCUGCUUCCUGCUGGCGUAUCUCGGCGGCGGCAUCUCGGGGCUCACCUUUGCCUGGGCCCACGAGAUCUGCAAGGACGACAACGAGGAGCGCGCCCUCGUCACCGGCGCCAUGAACGAGAUGGCCUACGUCGUCCAGGCCUGGCUGCCGCUCAUCAUCUGGCAGACCGUCGACGCGCCCAACUACCACAAGGGCUUUGUCACCGAGAUUUUCAUCAGCGUCGGCCUCAUCUCCGUUGCCUUUAUCAUCCGCUUCCUGCACCGGCGCGAGCUGCAGCAAAAGGCGCGUGUCCAGCCGGACGCGGGCGGUGAUCAAGAAGCGGCCGUAGACAGCGGCAUCGAAGAGCGGAGCGAAGGCGAAGGCGUCGAGUCGGAGGUGGUGGCGGUCGACGGCAAGGCCGUCCCGGUCACGGUGUCCGAGAAGUCGGGUUAG